GCCUUGCCCUCAAUCAAGGCGGACGUGAAGCAUCUACAAAGGAGGAAUAGUCAAAGCAGCAGCGGCGGCGGCGGCAGCAGCAGCAGCAGCAGCCGCAGCAGGAGGUGGGGGCCUCUGCCAGACCUUCUCUGAUGGAUGACCUCUGUGAAGCAAAUGGCACUUUUGCCAUCAGCUUAUUUAAAAUAUUGGGGGAAGAGGACAACUCAAGAAACGUAUUCUUCUCUCCCAUGAGCAUCUCCUCUGCCCUGGCCAUGGUCUUCAUGGGGGCAAAGGGAAGCACUGCAGCCCAGAUGUCCCAGGCACUUUGUUUAUACAAAGACGGAGAUAUUCACCAAGGUUUCCAGUCACUUCUCAGUGAAGUUAACAGAACUGGCACUCAGUACUUGCUUAGAACUGCCAACAGACUCUUUGGAGAAAAGACGUGUGAUUUCCUUCCAGACUUUAAAGAAUCCUGUCAGAAGUUCUAUCAGGCAGAGCUGGAGGAGUUGUCCUUUGCUGAAGACACUGAAGAGUGCAGGAAGCAUAUAAAUGACUGGGUGGCAGAGAAGACUGAAGGUAAGAUUUCAGAGGUACUGGAUGCUGGGACAGUCGAUCCCCUGACAAAGCUGGUCCUUGUGAAUGCCAUUUAUUUCAAGGGAAAGUGGAAUGAGCAAUUUGACAGAAAGUACACAAGGGGAAUGCUCUUUAAAACCAACGAGGAAAAAAAGACAGUGCAGAUGAUGUUUAAGGAAGCUAAAUUUAAAAUGGGGUAUGCGGAUGAGGUGCACACCCAGGUCCUGGAGCUGCCCUAUGUGGAAGAGGAGCUGAGCAUGGUCAUUCUGCUUCCCGAUGACAACACGGACCUCGCCGUGGAUACACUGAGAAGCACAAGCUUCUUCUGUGACAUACUUGCCAACAUUAUCAGCACCUGAAUAUAAAUUUUAACGACUCUUAUGAGGCAGAGGACAAAUAUUAAAAACACUCAGGGAAACCAUUGGAAACAAAGGGAAUACAGGGAAAACAUCUAUGAAUUACACUUCCUAUUUUUCUGGUUUUAUGAAAGCGUUCCAACGUUUAUUAGACACACCUUGAUAUUGAAGUGCAUAUUUUCCUGGUUCUUGCUAAGAUCAUCAGAAUACUUCAGGGCUUUAAGAAAAAUAUUAAAAACAAACAAAGUCAAAGAGAAAAUGAAUGUCUCUCAUUUUUUUUUAGUUCUAAGGAUUCUAACCUCCAUUUAUGAUCAAACACCAGCUGGGUGAAGAUCAAGGGCGGCCCAGAUGCAUGAGUGCCAACUACAUCAUGACUGUCACAAUCUUUAUGCUGGUACAGAUUUCAUCUUCAGGUCUGGAGCUGUAUAGAAAACUGACUACUGGAAAUUGUCCUUCAGAUGUCUGCAGGCAUUUCACACUUAACUUUAUUUCAAAAUAAAGACAUUUUCCAUUCCUGCAUCUGCUGCACCCCAUACAGCCUUCAUCUGAUUUACCUCCUGUGAUUCCAGUCUGUCUGAACAGCACCAUCAUCCAGUCAGUUCUCCAAGCCAGAAGCCCAGCAGUCAUCUUAGACUUCUCCUCACUCUUGCCUCCUGCAUCCAGUCACUUCUGUCUUCCUUGCCUACUUGUACUGUGUGUACUGAUACAUCUGAUAAUCUGUCUUCAUCUCUCUCUACCUAGGGCCAGUGCUCUAAUUCAAGUCCUCAUCAUUUCUCUCCUGGAAAAAGGCUGUUACUUCUUCAUUCUUGCUCCCACUUCUCCUCGACUCCAUCCUCCAGAUUAUUGCCAGAACCAAUCACAGAAAUCUAAUUGAACCAUACAUCUGUUCACAACUUUCCAGUAGCUAACCAGUAGCUAUAGGAUAAACCACUCUCUUUCACGUUAUAUAAGAAAAGCCUUCAGUAUCCACCCCAUGUUUAAUACUACACUACGCUGUUAAGAUUUAUGCCACAGCAACACUGAUCUACCCAGUAAGUGGUCAGUACAUUUUAGUUGAAUUAAUAAAGAUAAGUGACAGUGUGAUUUGAUGGCCCAUGAACUCCCGUAUCAACCUCACCAAUUGUCACCUCACCAUUAAAACUAUCUCCUUCCAGUCCUGAAGGUUUUAUUGGGUUCAAAAUUCCU